CCACCCUCACACACACCCCUGCAGGGACAGCCUCCCCCGGGGGGAGUGAGUGAGGAGAAUGGGGAUGGAACAGGGUGGGGGCAGGCACGCUAGGUGGGAAGGAGCAGCAGUGCAGUCAUGAGACCUCCUCAGUGCUGCCAGCUCCCAGUUUCCUCCUCACAGUGAUGUGAUUUUUGGCCUCUGUUGCAGUCGGUUUCCUGAUGAUGCAAGAAACUCUCCAGCCUUUCUGGGAAUUUCAGCCUGGCACACGGGAAGACCCUUCUGGUUGGCUGCCUUUCCACCUCCUGGGGACGAGCAGCCAAUCAAGGCUGCUGCAAAGGCAGCUGGAGCUCCUCCCCUCCUCUCCAGAGCUGUGUCUGGGUGAUGGAGGGGCAGGGGGAGCAGCCAACAACAUCCUUGCAGGAGGGGAAGGAAUGAAAAGAGUCCCCCUCCCUCCCCCAUCCUUGCAGCUGGGAAGGGUGAAGAGGAGCGGCCUGGGAGAGGGUGUGAAGAACCCCUGGUACUAGAGGAGGAGCAGAGGUUGGGGUUGGAGAGCACAGAAUUAAUGCAUGAGAAUGGGGGAGAAGCUCUGGAGACACCUCUGAGUCCCAUCCCUCCCUCCCCCCCCCAGCAGCAGACCCACCUUUCACUGGAACCUGCCCAGAAAGGCAGGAGCUGUGCACUGCAGCUGCUGAGCGUGAGCAGCAGGAGUAGUGCAGAGGGAGGAGAUGUCUGCGGGCUCUGGCACCGGAAAUCCCCGUGGGUUACAGCUGCAGCGAUGCUAACCCCCUGGGCACAGCCAGAGCUGCUGCUUCAGCAAGACAAGCUGUGGGGGGGGGUCUCCACCAAGGCUGGGGAAAUGAAGCAGUAAGACUGGUGCCAUCAGGAUCGGGGCAGGAGACAUUGCCUGGAUCCAGUCUGGAGCAGCUGCAACCAGCGUGGGCAUCUGCCCUGAAUCCAGAGUCACUCCAGUCUGGGAUCAAGGAUCUUUCACCGUAGGAGAAAAUCGUGUUUCCCGCCCAUGGGCUCCUCCUGCUGUAACUGCAGUGACUUUUCAGGUCUGGGGCAUGUGCAAGGCACUGGUGCCAUGUGGGGGCUUGUCGGGGCACUGGUCCUGUCACACCUGGUAUCCCUGUUGUGGAAUAUUGUCUGCUGCGUGAGGCACACGGCACACAGAGAUGAGUCCAGGAAGCUCUUGCCUCUGUUCAGCAGAAGUGUGAAGCAUGUGACUGAGGAGAUUCCAGUCUAUGGAAACAUCAGUUACCUGCAGACAGGGCAAAGUUCUGGAUUUGAAAGCUCAGUGGUGCCAGAGUCCCAGGAAGAGCAGGAAUCCAGCCCCAAGAAGCCUACGUGCUACGCCAACCUCAAGAUGCUGAAACCCCAAGGCCGGCAGCUGCCAGAAUCAUCAGUGGGGGGUGCUGAGAUCCAGUACACAGAUGUGGUGGUGACGGGGCCCAGGCGGUCAGAGCCAGAGAUUUGGGGCGGGGGGCCCCCGAAGGGCAGAGAGGCUACGCGGCCGCAGUCAGAGCUUUACGCGUCUGUGCACGCAGACAGGUACACAGCGAAGUUUGAGAACCAAGACUACGCGAACAACCAUGCGGUUCCCAGCUGAAGGGUGGGGGGCUAACGGGGUUCUGUGUGCAUGAUCCAUAGCAAUAAAUACAAGCUUCACUAAUGGCUCCAGUGUCUCACGGGCUGCUGAGGAUACAGAAAUGCCCCUGUUCCAGCAAUGCCACUGCCCCAGCCUGGGGCUAUGUUCUCGUCCUGCCAUGCCUACUUCUUCCUCAAGGAGCAAGAUUCCCCAGCCCCGCUCAAUAAUGCACAGUUCUCCUGCCAGGGAAGGUGAUGGGGAAUGAUACUUCUUGUACAUGGGGGCAGGGGCGUAUAUAGUUAUUAGUACUGUUGGGGCGGGUGGGGGGUAGUGCCAGUCACCACCUACCCUGCCACAUUCCUGAGCUUGGUCUUCCCGUCAUGCCAGGUACUAACAUACCCCCCACCCUACAAAACAGAGAGGGGGGUUCCCCACGGAAGGCAUGCUCUAUGCAGGCCCCCACCCCAGUGCAAUGAGAGAUGGGCCCUGCCCCAAGCAGCUGGCAUUUGAUACUGGAAGAGCUGUGGGUGCCCUGUGUGCACCUCAGGCUGGGCUCUUGCAUAGUGGGGGUCUGAGCCAGUGUGAGUGGAGGGGAUGCAGAGGUGAUGUAGGUAAGGCAGGAAGGGGGGGAGGCCAGGGUAAGGGCGGCUGCUCCCAGAGCCCUGCAGCCAGAGACGUGUAGUCUGGGGCAUGGCCCCAACGGGGGCAGCAGACACCAGUCACAGCCCCCUCCCCAGGGCAGCAGCCUGGCGGAUGCUGGCAGGUUUCACAGCCCGGCAGGCAGCUACUGUGGGGAACUGU